AUGAAAAUUAAAUGCCAUAUAACAAAUGAUGGUACACCAAUUGAUAUCAUAAUUAAUCCUUGUUCAUUUUCAACCAGAAUGACAAUAGUGAAGAAGAUAGAUAGAUAAGAAGAAAUAUAAAGAAAUAUAUUGGGAUAGAAAAAGAUUUAUUAUCCUUUAACUGGGGAAUUUAUUGGUUAUGCUCAAGUUGGAUUUGUAUUUUAUGCCGCUCAAGAAUAAAAAGCUUUUAGUAAACUUUAUGCUGUAGGAUUUAACGAAGCUUAUAGAAACUAAGUAUUUUAACCUAGAGAUGGUGCAAAGAAUAAUGGAGGUUCGAGAUUAGGUGAAAUGGAAAUGGCUGCAUUUUUAUCUGCAGGUACAACAAAUGUAAUAAAAUAAUUUGCGUGGUAGCACUCAGAUGGAUUUGUUAUUAAUAUAUGUUCUCACUGUGGUUUAUAUGCGCAUAGAGAUUAGAAUUAAUAAAAAUAUUAUUGUAAAAAUUGUAACGGUAAAAGUGAAGUUGUUAAAACAUAAAUAUAAUAUUCAUCAAAACACUUUAAGGAUUUAUUGAAUUAUUUGGGUAUGUCUAUUUAUUUCAAACCAAAAUAGAAGAGAUGA